AAUCACAAGGAGGACUUUAUCGCAACUCUGGUCCAGGGUGACGUUAUCACAGUACUCACUAAAGGAGUUAAUAAUGUACUGUGGAAAGGUGUACUGAGUAAUGGUAAAACUGGAUUAUUUAGUCCAGCUCAUACAAUUGCUUAUUUAGGAUCUAAUUUACCAAGCAAUAAACCCGGUGAAUUUUUACGAGGUGAUGGUAAAAAUGCAUUUUCAUCUCAUCGCCGUAAAAUAAGAACUGAUAUGAUUUCAUCACCGCAAGGCGAUUUACGGCACACUGGACAUGUUGGCUUAGACGGAGCUUAUUUUGGAGACAUUAGUUUUCUUGGUGGUAAAUAUCCUCAUUUACCACGACAAAUUGUAACUCCCUAUAAACCACAGGAAGAUGCAGCUAUUAAUUCUAGUCAAAUUUUUUAUCAAGACUCAAAUAAUCAUGAUAAUAGUAACCACGCAGCUUCUGGACUUACACACGUUGACAUGAGUCACAAAAAUGAGGAUCAAUCUAUUAUUUCUACGAAUAUUGAUAAUGCCGGUAAUAACGAUCACGAGUAUCAUGAAAUAAGUGAUGAAGAGAAUCAAGAUAAUGCAUUGAGAUUCGAUAAGCCACUUGAUUUUGAUUUUGGGCCAAGAACUUCGUCUCCUUCAUCUCCACAAGGGCAUCCAACAUCUGCAGAACAUGAGUCGAGUAAUGUUAAGAAUGAACUUCGUGAAAUGCAAUCAAAGCAAGGCAGCAAGAAGAAACAGGCUACGGUAAAACCAAUAUCAGCAGCUGAUCAAAAAACACUUUAUUCAGCGAUAGCAAUGGCGCAAGAGUUAACUGCUCGGUCAAUGACAGACCUUGAAUAUCCACCAGAGUCGCCUGUAACGACUUCAAGUCCAUCGCGACGAAGGAAGUUUUCUUUUAAAUUACCACAUCAGCACAGCCCUAAACCUGAUAGACGACAUUUCGCUGAAGAAGCUGCUAGUAUACCAGACAUCCAGUGGCUAUGUUCAAGUUUGCAAUCAUUAUCAUCCACCGUUUCAAGUUUAGAAUCACUUGGAGCACCUUCGACUCUAAAAUUACCAUUGUGGGACAAAGCUUCAGCAGAAUUUUGUUUUGCUAAAUCCCGUGAACUUUUAACAAAAUCAAAUGCAUGGACCACCUAUAUGGACAUGGCGUUUGACAAUCAUAUGUUGAAUAACAAAGCAAUGAAACAAAAUCUAGUUAAAUCAACAGAAUUUCUCGAGGCUAGUAACAGUAAUAGCAAAGGUUCAAUUAAUUACAGUAAUAUCGCACUAGGUAAUUCACGUAAUUCAACCCAAGGUAUGAAUGGUAAAGCUUCGCGUCUGUCGAGUCCAAACCUAAAUGUCGGUAAAGAGGCGCGACGAAUAUCGACUAGUUAUAUCGAUCGUUACUUCGAACAAUCACAAAAUUACGAUACUGAUAACGCGUUAGAAUGUCCGACCGAAACGUUUGAUUGUUACAAAGAAAACAUGUCUGACAGAGAUUUAAAAACCACUAGUAGUCUUACGGACAGUAACGAUCAAUUUGCUAAUAAUUUUUACAAGUACACAUUAAUUGACGAGCCUAAAUAUACAUUGACUGAUGAUCCCAAAUAUUUACACCAGAUAAUUAAUAAAUCUAAGCUAGAUGACAUUCGUAAUUUACGAAGAAAUUCGUAUAUCGCUGAAACGCUCAAUCAAAACUCAUCCAAUAGUGGUUUGUUAAAUAAAUAUCAGGUUGAGGAGAGGAUAAAAAAUUCCGUGCCUAAUAAACGUACUGACUUUGACAUUUUUGAUAAAUUUUCUAAGAAAAAUGUUAAUGGAGAUGGAAUUAAAAAUAUUAAAGAAGUAAAGGCUUCUGCGGGUGCUGCUGCAUUGCCUACAACUCUUCAAGAUCAAAAUAUUGCUUGCGGAAUGCAAACAAAUAGAAUAACUAAUUUAAAAUCUGCAACCUCAAUUGCAGAUAAUUCAAAUGAUUAUGUCAAUGCAAUAAGAGCUGGUCAAAAUUAUCCGAAAAAUGAUUUCAAGAAAAAAAGUGAUUUAUUGCCGUAUUCAAUUUUACACAAUCCUCUUUUUAUUUCAGAACCAAUUAAAAAAGACAUUGAUAUUAGCAGCAGCGGUUCAGAAAGUUUGAGAUUAAACUUUGAACGUUUGAGAUUACAGUCGGAUAUUGAAACUAAAAAUCAAAUUCAAUUGAACAGUAAAAUUUCAAUGGGAGAUAAUUUUGGAGUUUUUACUUCAAAAAAUGUUAAGCAUUAUCCAGAUGAUAAGAAGCGCACUGAGGAUCCUUCAAAAUUCUCACAAAAUAUCGCAUCGACACAAUUUGAUAACAAAAAUAUCGCACGUAAUUCAAGAAAUUUGGAAUUAUUGCCGGGUAUUAAGUCUGAUUUGAAUACUGGUAUUGAUUUACCAGCAAAUGAACAAUUUAUUUUGGCUAGUGAAAAUAUCCCGAUGCGCGAUCCGCCAAAUCGUGUUAAUAACAUUGCACAGGCGAAAUUAACUAAUGAAGGCAAUGCCACGGGGUUAGAAUUACAUUUGAAUGCAGCAGUACGUAAUAAAAUGGGAAUUAAUUCAAAGACACACCAGCGUUUAUUAGAAUUUCCUAGACGCUGUCGUAAUGAAAUAAUUAAUAAAAAUAAUAAACUAAUAAAACAAACUGGAUCAAUAGACAAUAACAAAGUAGAUAUAGAUAAAAAUUUAUGUCGUCCACGUACUUUUUCUUUGUCAGAUGCCGUUAAAAACACCACGAGAAAAAGCAUCAGAUCAUUUUACUCGAGCAGUCAGUGCAGUGAUGAUUCAGAUUCAAUUUUUUACUCCGAUACAGACAUAAGGAGCCGGUUGAAAUUUCAGCGACGGCGUAAAAAAGUAUCCGGAAACUCAAAAGUUGGUUACAAUAAAAAGAACCGGGAAUCUUUAGGCGUUUAUCCAAAUGACGUCGCAUCAUCUUACUCUAUUAUUCAAAAUUCUGAAAAAUCACCACUGCCUUCAACGAGUUUUUUGAAUUCUUUAUCGUCCCAAUUUUCAUUAUGCAAUCAGACGGUAUCUUGGCCAGAGAGUGCACCAAGUUCAAGUCAAACUUUCACUAAAGAGGCUAAGGAAGUGUACAACAGCCUGGUGGAAGCUCAAGCAUUAGACAGCACAACCGACACGAAUCCUCUGCGAAUGUUGAGAUCCGGAUUACCAGUGAGGCCUCGUGUACGUGGAAACAAACAACUCAGUUUGGGCCUUACAACUCCGCAGAUCGACGAAACAGUCGGAUUAUCUGAUAACAGUAAACUGUCGACCGAUUUUUAUCAGGUUGGCUCAUCAACAUUUCCAAAGACGGGCGAGUUGGUAAACAAUUCGCUUCCUAUUUUCUCAACGCAGUCUUUAGAACGGCAUAACUCGUUGAUGAAUAUUGAAAAUAGUCAGAAUCAAAAUAAUUUCGAGGAGAAUCCUAUUCCACUGCCGCCUCGUGAUCGGUCAAGGACUUUGCAAUCGAAAUCCAAUUUACCACGACACCAACGCAAGCACCCAUUGAUUAUUCCUGGAGGUGGAAUCUCUCGGACAUUAGCCAAAGCUAUUGCAACAUCAUCAGUUGAAGAUCAAAUUGAUGGAGUUGUUCCUUCCAUCAAUUUGUCCAAUCCAAAUGUAUCUUUUUCAACGCAAAUGAUUCCGACAACUAGUCUUUCAAAUAAUCCAGCACCUAAUAGUCCAGAUGAAUUCGAGCGACGCAUCGAUUCUGAACUAGCAGCUUUAGACUCAUUGUCUCUUGAAAAUAAUUGUUCGCAUCCUUGCGGAAUGAUUUCUGAAGAUUUGCUCGAGAAUUCCGAUUUAUCAGAUGAUAGUUCAAAACAUAAUCACAAAAAAAUAGACAGCGAUGCUGUUAAAAAUUCAAAUUAUUUAAUAAAUUCUGAAAACUCUCAAAGUAAAAACGUCACCAAAUUAUCAUUUGAUGUAGUAACUGAGACCCAUUCAGAUAACAAAAAUAUCACAGAUGAUGUAAAUAGCCCACGAUCAACCAGCUUGAAUUCGAAUGGGGACGAAUCUGAUGCUUUAGCACCAGUUAAAUCGAACGCGCAGGCAUUGACAGAAUUUAGUUAUUUACAAAAUAAAACAUCAAGUCCAUUGAAUCCCUUUGAUGCUAAUGUAACCGCGAAUGAAUCAGAUUCAGAUGAAGAUCAAAAAUUUAAAUCACCAAAAACAACAACAGGUAACGUAUCGAAAAUACAAGAAACUGAUGAUAGAAGCGCACGUGGAAGUGAUCUUUAUCGUCAGUCUGACCAUGUAUCAUGUGAAGAUUUACUUGAAUUUGCGUGCGACCGACCAAAUGUACGCAGAACACGUGGCCCCCAUAAUGGAGCUCAUUCAGAUGAGGUUCGUAUAAUGUUGAAAGUUUUGCAAGAUCAAUCAACACCUGAAUCCUGUGUUACCGCUCUCAAUGUCGCUAAUUGGGAUAUAUUAGCGGCUAUUAAAUUAGAACGUCUUCAGGCGUUAUUAAAGAAAGAAAAUAAGUUUAUAGGUCUUGAGGAGUGUAAAGUAAUGCUGAAUCAAUGUGAUGGGGAUAUUGUUAAAGCAGCUGCUUCAAUAAAAAAUUCAGACGACAGUACUCCAGUUUGA